CUGCUGCUGCGCCGCUGCUUCCUGCUGGGGCCGCGCCCGGCCGCGGGGCAGCACGGGGACGGCUGCGGCCACACGGUGCUGACAGCGCAGAGUGGGACGCUGAGCUCCAGGAACUACCCCGGCACGUACCCCAACCACACGUGGUGCCGCUGGCGGCUGCGGGCCCCCCCGGGCACCUCCCUCAUCGUGGCCUUUGGAGACGUGGACCUGGAGCCCUCGGAGCGUUGUGCCCACAGCUCCCUGCUGCUGGCCGACCCCGAGAGCGGCACCGCUUACGGGCCCUACUGCAGGAACGCCGGCCCCGCCGCCCCGCUGCUGCUCACCAACUCCAGCGCCGUCACCGUCCUGUUCAACAGCACCAGCCACCGCUCGGGACGGGGCCUCCUCCUGUCCUACGCCAGCUCGCAGCACCCAGACCUGAUCUCCUGCUUGGUCAGAGGCACCCAUUUCUCCCAGGAGCACAUCAGCGUGUACUGCCCCGCCGGCUGCAAGGACAUCGAGGGGGACAUCUGGGGCAACGCAAAACAGGGCUACCGGGACACCUCGGUGCUGUGCAAGGCAGCUGUGCACGCCGGUGUGGUCGCCGACGAGGCGGGCGGGCAGGUCACCCUGUCCCGAGAGAAGGGGAUCACGCUCUACGAGUCGGCCUUCGCCAAUGGGCUGCACUCCAAAAGGGGCUCCCUCUCUGAGAAGCGUCUCCUGUUCCACAAAGCCUGCGGCGAUGCCCUGGAGGUGGCCGCCUUCAACGCCUCGUCCUGGUGGCAGGAGGUGGACACUCUGGGGCAGGAGCGGAGCUGGGCAGCCGAGCAUGCGGCCCUGGGCACCCCCAGCCCCUCCUGGGCAGCAGAACCCGGUGCUGACACCGCCUGGCUGGAGCUGGACCUGGGCACCCGCAGGAAUGUCACAGGGAUCGUCACGAAGGGAUCCGCUGAGAUAUACGACUUCUACGUGACGUCCUACCGUGUGUCCUCCAGCCGCGAUGGGAAGAACUGGAGACCCUACAGGGGCAGCAGCGGCCAGGAGGACAAGGUCUUUGAAGGAAACGUGGACAGCCUCGGGGAGGUCUCCAACGCCUUCAUCCCGCCCAUCACGACCCGCUACCUGCGCAUCACGCCCCAGAGCUGGCACCAGCGUGCUGCCUUGAAGGUGGCCCUGCUGGGCUGCCAGAUGGCACGGGUCCGUGCAGCACGGCCCUAUGUGCCCAGCAUCCCCAAGGAUGUCCCCAUCCACGUCCCUGUCCCCACCAGCCGCCCGCCCGGCCGCACGCCCAUCCCUGGCAUUGCCCUGGACCCUGAGAAGGCAGGCUCCACGCUGCUGGUGAUGCUGCUCAUUGGCGUCUUUGUCCUCGUCUGCUCCAGCCUCCUGCUGCUGGCUUUCCUCUGCCGCAGGAGGAGGAAGCCAGCCACCAAGCUGAACUGUGGGCUCACAAAAGGGCAACCCAAGCUGGAGGCGAGCCAGGUGUGCUCCCUGGGGAGCCUGCCGCCCCCCGGAUCCACGCUGCCCUCCUUCCCUGCAGUGCUGGGGGACCUCAGCCAGACCCACUCACCAGAGUACGCCGAGCCGGACGUGGUGCAGGUGAGCCCCAGCAGCCAGUUGGGCUCCUCCACCUUCAAACCUCUCCCAGACGAGGGCUACACCUUGCCGCUGGUUGUGAGCCACUACGACGUGCCGGGAAAACACCACGAGUACGCAGAGCCUCUGCCGCCGGAACCCGAAUACGCCACGCCGUUCGGCGAACCUGAGCACGCCGGCACGCGCUGGAACCCCAGCGACACCGCGGGGCUCCCCGCCGCCCCGAGCCACGCCGGCUCCCCGGGCUCACCCCCGGCACGGUACGUUUCCCCCCCGCUGCCGCUGCCUGCCGGGGGGAGCGCAGCCCCCCGGGUGGAGCGGACUGCCAGCCCCCAUGGGGACGGGCCCCCUGCCGAGGGAUCCCGCUCGCAGCUCGCAGACUGUCCCUUCUCCCACGUGUACCACGAGGCCUGGUGAGGCGGCACAGGAGAGCCGCCCACCUUCGGAUGGAGCCCUUCCCCGGGGCGCAGAGGGGAGAUUUAUAACUCAACCCGCACUUUUAUUUAAAUAUAUAUAUAUAGACGUACGUGUAUACAAA